AUGGCGGCCAGUUGGGUGCGAGGUGACCGCGCCGCGGGCUGGCGCGUCGAGCUCCAGAAGAACGUGAGCGUGUGCGAGGACUGGAUCAACGCGGCGUUCGCGAUGGUGCCGGCGGCGCAGCGACAGGAAUUUCUGGACGACGAGCUGUACGCGGCAGCCAAGCACAAGCGGAUAGCCGCGCGCGCGGAGAGCAAGCACGCGAGAGACUUGCAGCAAUACUUCACGAGCGCCGAGCUGGUGGACCUGCUAGCAAAUGUCGUGUGGCUUGAACCGUCCUGCGGCGACGGGCGGUUCCUGACGGCGCUGCUUCGAGCAGGAGCCAAGCACGUCGUCGGCUACGAGAUCGACGAGAGGCUGCACCCAGCAGCGCAGCAGAAUAGCUCGGUGCCAGCCAAUGAGUUCGUGGUGGCCAUUGGCAACCCCCCGUUCGGUGCCAAAGGCGGCGACGGAAGUGACCUCGUGCACCUCUUCUUCCGACACGCAGCCUCAGAGUGGCGAGCUCGGGUCAUCGCCUUCAUCGUGCCGGAGAGGUGCUCCCGCCGGCCGUUCGUCGAGACCACGCUGCGGCACCUCGGCGGCCAGCUUAACAACAACAGCGAUGGUGCUGACGAUGGAUCUGCGCAUUGGGAAUUGGUGAUGGAGCUGCUGCUGACCGACCACCAGUUCGAGUUCGGCGAGGGCGACCAGCUCAAGCGUGUGCGCCAGCCUAGCGUACUGCAGCUUUUCAUCAGCAGCCAGCAGUCCAGAAACUGA